UCCCAGCCCACCCCCAGCCCACCCGCCCAGCCUGCAGCCCCCUCCUCCUAUUCCCCGACCUCAGCCUGCGCCCCUCGGGCCUCGACAUCAUGGGUGACGGAGGAGAGGGUGAGGAUGAGGUCCAGUUUCUGCGCACGGAUGACGAAGUGGUCCUUCAGUGCAGCGCCACCGUGCUCAAGGAGCAGCUCAAGCUCUGCCUGGCCGCCGAGGGCUUCGGCAACCGCCUCUGCUUCCUGGAGCCCACCAGCAAUGCCCAGAAUGUGCCCCCCGAUCUGGCCAUCUGUUGCUUCGUCCUGGAGCAGUCCCUGUCGGUCCGAGCCCUGCAGGAAAUGCUGGCCAAUACCGUGGAGGCUGGCGUGGAGUCGUCCCAGGGCGGGGGCCACAGGACACUCCUGUACGGCCAUGCCAUCCUGCUCCGGCACACACACAGUGGCAUGUACUUGAGCUGCCUUACCACCUCCCGCUCCAUGACUGACAAGCUGGCCUUCGACGUGGGACUGCAGGAAGAUGCCACAGGAGAGGCCUGUUGGUGGACGAUGCACCCGGCCUCCAAGCAGAGGUCGGAGGGAGAGAAGGUCCGCGUUGGGGAUGACCUCAUCCUCGUUAGUGUCUCCUCAGAGCGCUACCUGCACCUGUCCACGGCCAGUGGGGAGCUCCAGGUUGAUGCCUCCUUCAUGCAGACACUGUGGAACAUGAACCCCAUCUGCUCUGGCUGUGAAGAGGGCUAUGUGACCGGGGGCCAUGUCCUCCGCCUCUUUCAUGGACACAUGGAUGAAUGUCUGACCAUUUCCCCCGCUGACAGUGAGGACCAGCGCAGACUUGUCCACUACGAGGGGGGAGCUGUGUGCACCCACGCCCGCUCCCUCUGGAGACUGGAGCCACUGAGAAUCAGCUGGAGUGGAAGCCACCUGCGCUGGGGCCAGCCACUCCGUAUCCGGCAUGUCACCACGGGGCGGUACCUGGCGCUCACCGAGGACCAGGGCCUGGUGGUGGUUGAUGCCAGCAAGGCCCACACCAAGGCCACCUCCUUCUGCUUCCGCAUCUCCAAGGAGAAGCUGGAUACGGCCCCCAAGAGGGAUGUGGACGGCAUGGGUCCCCCUGAGAUCAAGUAUGGGGAGUCACUGUGCUUCGUGCAGCAUGUGGCCUCGGGCCUGUGGCUCACCUACGCCGCCCCAGACCCCAAGGCCCUGCGGCUUGGUGUGCUUAAGAAGAAGGCCAUGCUGCACCAGGAAGGCCACAUGGACGACACGUUGUCACUGACCCGCUGCCAGCAGGAGGAGUCCCAGGCUGCCCGCAUGAUUUACAGCACUGCUGGCCUGUACAACCAGUUCAUCAAGGGCCUGGACAGCUUCAGCGGGAAGCCGCGGGGCUCGGGGCCGCCAGCUGGCACAGCGCUGCCCAUCGAGGGUGUCAUCCUGAGCCUGCAGGACCUCAUCGGCUACUUCGAGCCGCCCUCCGAGGAGCUGCAGCACGAGGAGAAGCAGAGCAAGCUGCGCAGCCUGCGCAACCGCCAGAGCCUCUUCCAGGAGGAGGGGAUGCUCUCCUUGGUCCUGAACUGCAUUGACCGCCUAAAUGUCUACACCACUGCUGCCCACUUUGCCGAAUUUGCAGGGGAGGAGGCAGCCGAGUCUUGGAAAGAGAUUGUGAACCUGCUCUAUGAACUCCUGGCCUCCCUGAUCCGUGGCAAUCGUACCAACUGUGCCCUUUUCUCUACCAACUUGGACUGGCUGGUCAGCAAGCUGGAUCGGCUGGAGGCCUCCUCUGGGAUCCUGGAGGUGCUGUACUGUGUCCUGAUUGAGAGUCCUGAGGUGCUGAACAUCAUCCAAGAGAACCACAUCAAGUCCAUCAUCUCUCUCCUGGACAAGCAUGGGAGGAACCACAAGGUGCUAGAUGUGCUGUGUUCCCUGUGUGUGUGCAAUGGCGUGGCCGUGCGCUCCAACCAAGAUCUCAUUACUGAGAACUUGCUCCCUGGCCGUGAGCUUCUGUUGCAGACAAACCUCAUCAACUAUGUCACCAGCAUCCGCCCCAACAUCUUCGUGGGCCGAGCAGAGGGCACCACGCAGUAUGGCAAAUGGUACUUUGAGGUGAUGGUGGACGAGGUGGCUCCAUUCCUGACAGCUCAGGCCACCCACCUGCGGGUGGGCUGGGCCCUCACUGAGGGCUACAGCCCCUACCCAGGGGGUGGCGAGGGCUGGGGCGGCAAUGGGGUCGGCGAUGACCUCUAUUCCUACGGCUUUGACGGGCUGCAUCUCUGGACAGGACAUGUGGCACGCCUGGUGAAUUCCCCAGGGCAGCACCUCCUGGCCCCAGAGGACGUGGUCAGCUGCUGCCUGGACCUCAGUGUGCCAUCCAUCUCCUUCCGAAUCAAUGGCUGUCCUGUGCAGGGCGUCUUUGAGGCCUUCAACCUGGAUGGGCUCUUCUUCCCUGUCGUCAGCUUCUCGGCUGGUGUCAAGGUGCGGUUCCUCCUUGGUGGCCGCCAUGGCGAAUUCAAGUUCCUCCCUCCACCUGGUUAUGCCCCAUGCCACGAGGCUGUGCUCCCUCGAGAGCGACUUCAUCUGGAGCCCAUCAAAGAGUAUCGGCGGGAGGGGCCUCGGGGGCCCCACCUGGUGGGCCCCAGCCGCUGCCUCUCACACACCGACUUUGUGCCCUGCCCUGUGGACACUGUCCAGAUUGUCCUGCCUCCCCAUCUGGAGGGCAUUCGGGGGAAGCUGGCAGAGAACAUCCAUGAACUCUGGGCGCUGACUCGCAUUGAGCAGGGCUGGACCUAUGGCCCGGUUCGGGAUGACAAUAAGAGGCUGCACCCGUGUCUUGUGGACUUCCACAGCCUACCAGAGCCGGAGAGGAAUUACAACCUGCAGAUGUCGGGGGAGACGCUCAAGACUUUGCUGGCACUGGGCUGCCAUGUGGGCAUGGCGGAUGAGAAGGCAGAGGACAACCUAAAGAAGACCAAACUCCCCAAGACGUACAUGAUGAGCAACGGGUACAAGCCGGCGCCACUGGACCUGAGCCACGUGCGGCUAACACCCGCACAGAUGACGCUGGUGGACCGGCUGGCAGAGAAUGGGCACAAUGUGUGGGCACGAGACCGCGUGGCCCAGGGCUGGAGCUACAGUGCUGUGCAGGACAUCCCAGCACGCCGCAACCCUCGCCUGGUGCCCUACCGCCUGCUGGAUGAGGCCACCAAGCGCAGCAACCGGGAUAGCCUCUGCCAGGCCGUGCGCACGCUGCUGGGCUACGGCUACAACAUCGAGCCGCCUGACCAGGAGCCCAGUCAGGUGGAGAGCCAGUCUCGUUGGGAUCGGGUGCGCAUCUUCCGGGCAGAGAAAUCCUAUGCGGUGCAGAGCGGACGCUGGUACUUUGAGUUCGAAGCAGUCACCACUGGUGAGAUGCGAGUGGGCUGGGCGAGGCCUGACCUGCGGCCUGACGUGGAGCUGGGAGCUGAUGAGCUGGCCUAUGUCUUCAAUGGGCACCGCGGCCAGCGCUGGCAUUUGGGCAGUGAGCCAUUUGGGCGCCCGUGGCAGCCAGGUGAUGUUGUGGGCUGCAUGAUUGACCUCACAGAGAACACCAUUAUCUUCACCCUCAAUGGCGAGGUCCUCAUGUCCGAUUCAGGCUCUGAGACGGCAUUCCGGGAAAUCGAGAUUGGGGAUGGCUUCCUACCUGUCUGCAGCUUGGGACCCGGCCAGGUGGGUCACCUGAACCUGGGUCAGGACGUGAGCUCCCUGCGGUUCUUUGCCAUCUGUGGCCUCCAGGAAGGCUUUGAGCCAUUCGCCAUCAACAUGCAGCGCCCAGUCACCACCUGGUUCAGCAAAAGCCUUCCCCAAUUUGAGGCCGUGCCCCUUGAGCACCCCCACUAUGAGGUGGCCCGCGUGGACGGCACCGUGGACACGCCGCCCUGCUUGCGCCUGAGCCACCGCACCUGGGGCUCCCAGAACAGUCUGGUGGAGAUGCUCUUCCUCCGGCUCAGCCUUCCAGUCCAGUUCCACCAGCACUUCCGGUGCACCGCAGGGGCCACCCCCCUGACAUCCCCUGGCCUGCAGCCCCCCGCUGAGGAUGAGGCCCGGGCGGCAGAACCUGAUCCCGACUACGAAAACCUGCGGCGCUCAGCGGGGCGCUGGGGUGAGGCUGAGGGGGGCAAAGAAGGAAAUGCCAAGGAGGGGGCGCCCGGGGGCAAUGCCCAGGCUGGGGUGGAGGCCCAGCCCGUCAGGGUGGAGAAUGAGAAGGAUGCUACCACAGAGAAGAACAAGAAGAGAGGGUUCUUAUUCAAGGCCAAGAAGGCCGCCAUGAUGACCCAACCAUCAGCCACUCCCACUCUGCCCCGACUCCCUCGAGAGGUCGUGCCCGCUGACAACCGUGAUGACCCUGAGAUCAUCCUCAAUACCACCACGUACUAUUACUCUGUGAGGGUCUUCGCUGGCCAGGAACCCAGCUGCGUGUGGGUGGGCUGGGUCACCCCCGACUACCAUCAGCACGACAUGAACUUCGAACUUAGCAAGGUCAGGGCAGUGACAGUGACCAUGGGGGACGAACAAGGCAACGUCCACAGCAGCCUCAAGUGCAGCAACUGCUACAUGGUGUGGGGCGGGGACUUCGUGAGCUCCGGGCAGCAGGGCCGGAUCAGCCACACAGACCUCAUCAUUGGCUGCCUGGUGGACUUGGCCACUGGCCUGAUGACGUUUACCGCCAAUGGGAAAGAGAGCAACACCUUUUUCCAGGUGGAGCCCAACACGAAGCUGUUUCCUGCCGUCUUUGUCCUGCCCACCCACCAGAACGUCAUCCAGUUUGAGUUGGGGAAGCAGAAGAACAUCAUGCCGCUGUCAGCCGCCAUGUUUCUGAGUGAGCGCAAGAACCCGGCCCCGCAAUGCCCGCCUCGGCUAGAGGUGCAGAUGCUGAUGCCUGUCUCGUGGAGCCGUAUGCCCAACCACUUCCUGCAGGUGGAGACACGGCGUGCAGGAGAGCGGCUCGGCUGGGCUGUGCAGUGCCGGGAGCCGCUGACCAUGAUGGCUCUGCACAUCCCUGAGGAGAACCGCUGCAUGGACAUCCUGGAGCUGUCGGAGCGCCUGGACCUGCAGCGGUUCCACUCUCACACCCUCGGCCUCUACGGCGCCGUGUGCGCGCUGGGCAACAACCGCGUGGCUCAUGCUCUGUGCAGCCACGUGGACCAGGCGCAGCUGCUGCACGCGCUGGAGGACGCGCACCUGCCGGGCCCGCUGCGGGCCGGCUACUACGACCUGCUCAUCAGCAUCCACCUCGAAAGCGCCUGCCGCAGCCGCCGCUCCAUGCUCUCCGAGUACAUCGUGCCCCUCACGGAGGAGACGCGCGCCAUCACUCUCUUCCCCGCUGGCAAAAGUGCGGAAAACGGCCCCCGCCGCUACGGCCUGCCCGGCGUUGGCGUCACCACCUCGCUGAGGCCUCCGCACCAUUUCUCCCCGCCCUGUUUCGUGGCGGCCCUGCCGGCUGCCGGCGUGGCCGAAGCUCGGGCCCGCCUCAGCCCCAGCAUCCCUCUGGAGGCGCUGCGGGAUAAAGCGCUGAGAAUGCUGGGGGAGGCUGUGCGAGGCGGUGGGCAGCACGCACGUGACCCUGUCGGGGGCUCUGUGGAGUUCCAGUUUGUGCCCGUGCUCAAGCUCGUGUCCACCCUGCUGGUGAUGGGCAUCUUUGCCGAUGAGGAUGUGAAACAGAUCUUGAAGAUGAUUGAACCUGAAGUAUUCACUGAGGAAGAAGAGGAAGAGGAAGAGGAGGAAGAAGAAGAGGAAGAUGAAGAGGAGAAGGAGGAGGAUGAGGAGGAAGAGGCACGGGAGAAAGAAGAUGAGGAAAAAGAGGAAGAGGAGACAGCAGAAGGGGAAAAAGAAGAAGACUUGGAGGAAGGGCUGCUCCAGAUGAAGUUGCCAGAAUCUGUGAAGUUACAGAUGUGCCACCUGCUGGAGUAUUUCUGUGACCAAGAGCUGCAGCACCGUGUGGAAUCCCUAGCAGCCUUUGCGGAGCGCUAUGUGGACAAGCUCCAGGCCAACCAGCGGGAUCGCUAUGGCCUCCUCAUGAAAGCCUUCACCAUGUCUGCAGCUGAGACUGCCCGACGUACUCGCGAGUUCCGCUCCCCACCCCAGGAGCAGAUAAACAUGCUAUUGCACUUCAAAGAUGGUGAGGAUGAGGAAGAUUGUCCUCUCUCUGAAGACGUCCGACAGGAUUUGCUUGAAUUUCAUCAAGACUUGCUGGUACACUGUGGAAUUCAGCUGGUGGGGGAGGAGGAGGAACCAGAGGAAGAGGCCACCCUGGGCAGCCGCCUGAUGAGCCUGUUGGAGAAAGUACGGCUGGUGAAGAAGAAGGAGGAGAAAUCCGAGGAGGAACCACCUGCUGAGGAGAGCAAACCCGAGUCAUUGCAGGAGUUGGUGUCCCACACAGUGGUGCGUUGGGCUCAAGAGGACUUUGUGCAGAGCCCCGAGCUCGUACGGGCCAUGUUCAGCCUCCUGCACCGGCAGUACGAUGGGCUUGGGGAGCUGCUGCGUGCCCUGCCCCGGGCAUACACCAUCUCACCGUUAUCCAUGGAGGACACCAUGAGCCUGCUGGAGUGCCUCGGCCAGAUCCGGUCCCUGCUUAUCGUGCAGAUGGGUCCCCAGGAGGAAAACCUCAUGAUCCAGAGCAUUGGGAACAUCAUGAACAACAAGGUCUUCUACCAACACCCGAACCUGAUGCGUGCCCUGGGCAUGCACGAGACGGUCAUGGAGGUCAUGGUUAAUGUCCUCGGGGGUGGUGGCGAAUCCAAGGAGAUCCGCUUCCCCAAGAUGGUGACAAGCUGCUGCCGCUUUCUCUGCUACUUCUGUCGCAUCAGCCGACAGAACCAACGCUCCAUGUUCGACCACCUGAGCUACCUGCUGGAGAACAGUGGCAUUGGCCUGGGUAUGCAGGGCUCCACGCCUCUGGAUGUGGCAGCUGCCUCCGUCAUCGACAACAACGAGCUGGCCUUGGCAUUGCAAGAGCAGGACCUGGAGAAGGUGGUGUCCUAUCUGGCGGGUUGUGGCCUUCAGAGCUGCCCCAUGCUCCUGGCCAAAGGGUACCCAGACAUCGGCUGGAACCCGUGUGGUGGUGAGCGCUACCUCGACUUUUUGCGCUUCGCUGUCUUCGUCAACGGUGAGAGCGUGGAGGAGAACGCCAACGUGGUGGUGCGGCUGCUCAUCCGCAAGCCCGAGUGCUUCGGGCCCGCCCUGCGGGGUGAGGGCGGCUCGGGGCUGCUGGCCGCCAUCGAAGAGGCCAUUCGCAUCUCGGAGGACCCAGCGCGCGACGGCCCAGGCGUCCGCAGGGACCGGCGGCGAGAGCAUUUCGGUGAGGAGCCCCCGGAGGAGAACCGGGUGCACCUGGGACACGCCGUCAUGUCCUUCUACGCUGCCUUGAUUGACCUGCUAGGACGCUGUGCGCCGGAGAUGCACCUAAUCCAAGCCGGCAAGGGAGAGGCCCUGCGGAUCCGCGCCAUCCUGCGCUCCCUCGUGCCCCUGGAUGAUCUUGUGGGCAUCAUCAGCCUCCCACUGCAGAUCCCCACCCUGGGCAAAGAUGGGGCUCUGGUACAGCCGAAGAUGUCGGCAUCCUUCGUGCCGGACCACAAGGCAUCCAUGGUGCUCUUCCUGGACCGAGUGUACGGCAUUGAGAACCAAGACUUCUUGCUGCAUGUACUGGACGUGGGGUUCCUGCCUGACAUGCGGGCAGCCGCUUCACUGGACACGGCCACUUUCAGCACCACGGAGAUGGCGCUGGCGCUGAACCGCUACCUGUGCCUGGCGGUGCUGCCACUCAUCACCAAGUGCGCGCCGCUCUUCGCGGGGACCGAGCACCGCGCCAUCAUGGUGGACUCCAUGCUGCACACGGUGUACCGCCUGUCCCGCGGCCGCUCGCUCACCAAGGCGCAGCGCGACGUCAUCGAGGACUGUCUCAUGUCGCUCUGCAGGUACAUCCGCCCGUCGAUGUUGCAGCACCUGCUGCGGCGCCUGGUGUUCGACGUGCCCAUCCUGAACGCGUUCGCCAAGAUGCCGCUCAAGCUCCUCACCAACCACUAUGAGCGCUGCUGGAAGUACUACUGUCUCCCCACGGGCUGGGCUAGCUUCGGGGUCACCUCCGAGGAAGAGCUGCACCUCACUCGUAAACUCUUCUGGGGCAUCUUUGACUCGCUGGCCCAUAAGAAGUAUGAUGCAGAGCUCUACCGCAUGGCUAUGCCUUGUCUGUGCGCCAUCGCAGGGGCCCUGCCCCCCGAUUACGUGGAUGCCUCAUACUCAUCCAAGGCGGAGAAAAAGGCCACGGUGGACGCUGAAGGCAACUUCGAUCCUCGGCCUGUGGAGACCCUCAAUGUGAUCAUCCCAGAGAAGCUGGACUCCUUCAUUAACAAGUUUGCGGAGUACACGCAUGAGAAGUGGGCCUUUGACAAGAUCCAGAACAACUGGUCCUAUGGGGAGAACAUAGAUGAGGAAUUGAAGACCCAUCCCAUGCUGAGGCCCUAUAAGACGUUUUCAGAGAAGGACAAAGAGAUUUACCGCUGGCCCAUCAAGGAGUCCUUGAAGGCCAUGAUUGCCUGGGAAUGGACGAUAGAGAAGGCCAGGGAGGGUGAGGAGGAAAAGACCGAGAAGAAGAAAACGCGGAAGAUAUCCCAAAGCGCCCAGACUUAUGAUCCGCGCGAAGGCUACAACCCCCAGCCCCCCGACCUCAGCGGAGUUACCCUGUCCCGGGAACUGCAGGCCAUGGCAGAACAGCUGGCCGAAAAUUACCACAACACGUGGGGGCGGAAGAAGAAACAGGAGCUGGAGGCCAAGGGUGGCGGGACCCACCCUCUGCUGGUCCCCUACGACACACUCACAGCCAAGGAGAAGGCACGAGAUCGAGAGAAGGCCCAGGAGCUGCUAAAGUUCCUGCAGAUGAACGGCUACGCUGUCACCAGAGGCCUUAAGGACAUGGAGCUGGACACGUCUUCCAUUGAGAAACGGUUCGCCUUCGGCUUCCUGCAGCAGCUGCUGCGCUGGAUGGACAUUUCCCAGGAGUUUAUCGCCCACCUGGAGGCUGUGGUCAGCAGUGGACGAGUAGAAAAGUCCCCACACGAACAGGAGAUUAAGUUCUUUGCCAAGAUCCUGCUCCCUUUGAUCAACCAGUACUUCACCAACCACUGCCUCUAUUUCCUGUCCACACCAGCCAAAGUGCUGGGCAGUGGCGGCCAUGCCUCCAACAAGGAGAAGGAAAUGAUCACCAGCCUCUUCUGCAAGCUUGCCGCUCUUGUCCGUCACCGAGUUUCUCUCUUUGGGACAGAUGCUCCAGCUGUGGUCAACUGUCUUCACAUCCUGGCCCGCUCCCUGGAUGCCAGGACGGUGAUGAAGUCAGGCCCUGAGAUUGUGAAGGCUGGCCUCCGCUCCUUCUUCGAGAGUGCGUCAGAGGACAUCGAGAAGAUGGUGGAGAACCUGCGCCUAGGCAAAGUGUCCCAGGCACGCACGCAGGUGAAGGGCGUGGGCCAGAACCUCACCUACACCACCGUGGCCCUGCUGCCUGUCCUCACCACGCUCUUUCAGCACAUCGCUCAGCACCAGUUCGGAGACGACGUCAUCCUGGAUGAUGUCCAGGUCUCUUGCUACCGAACGCUGUGCAGUAUCUACUCUCUAGGAACCACCAAGAACACUUACGUGGAAAAGCUGCGGCCGGCCCUCGGGGAGUGCCUGGCCCGCCUGGCGGCCGCCAUGCCAGUGGCAUUCCUGGAGCCUCAGCUGAAUGAGUAUAACGCCUGCUCGGUGUACACGACCAAGUCUCCCCGGGAGCGGGCCAUCCUGGGGCUCCCCAACAGCGUGGAGGAGAUGUGUCCUGACAUCCCGGUGCUGGAGCGGCUCAUGGCAGAUAUCGGGGGGCUGGCCGAGUCGGGGGCCCGCUAUACGGAGAUGCCACACGUCAUCGAGAUCACGCUGCCCAUGCUAUGCAGCUACCUGCCCCGCUGGUGGGAGCGCGGGCCCGAGGCACCCCCACCUGCCCUGCCCGCUGGGGGCCCCCCACCCUGCACGGCGGUCACCUCCGACCACCUCAACUCCCUGCUGGGGAAUAUCCUGCGAAUCAUCGUCAACAACCUGGGCAUUGAUGAGGCGUCAUGGAUGAAGCGGCUCGCAGUGUUCGCCCAGCCCAUAAUGAGCCGGGCCCGGCCUGAGCUCCUGCAUUCACACUUCAUCCCCACCAUUGGGCGCCUGCGCAAGCGGGCCGGGAAGGUGGUGGCCGAGGAGGAACAGCUGCGCCUGGAGGCCAAGGCCGAAGCUGAGGAGGGCGAGGUCCUGGUUCGGGACGAGUUCUCUGUGCUCUGCCGGGACCUGUACGCCCUCUACCCGCUGCUCAUCCGCUACGUGGACAACAACAGGGCGCACUGGCUGACGGAGCCCAAUCCCAGCGCCGAGGAGCUGUUCAGGAUGGUGGGCGAGAUCUUCAUCUACUGGUCCAAGUCCCACCACUUUAAGCGUGAGGAGCAGAACUUUGUGGUCCAGAAUGAGAUCAACAACAUGUCAUUUCUGACUGCUGACAACAAGAGCAAAAUGGCCAAGGCGGGAGAUGUACAGUCAGGUGGCUCGGACCAGGAACGCACCAAGAAGAAGCGCCGAGGGGACCGGUACUCUGUGCAGACAUCCCUGAUUGUGGCCACACUCAAGAAGAUGCUGCCCAUCGGCCUGAACAUGUGUGCACCCACAGACCAGGAACUCAUCACGCAUGCCAAGAAUCGCUAUGCCCUGAAAGACACAGACGAGGAGGUCCGGGAAUAUCUGCAAAACAACCUUCACCUUCAGGGAAAGGUCGAAGGCUCCCCUUCUUUGCGCUGGCAGAUGGCCCUGUACCGGGGCCUCCCGGGCCGCGAGGAGGACGCCGACGACCCCGAGAAAAUCGUGCGCAGAGUCCAGGAAGUGUCAGCGGUGCUCUACCACCUGGAGCAGAUCGAGCACCCUUACAAAUCCAAGAAGGCCGUGUGGCACAAGCUCUUGUCCAAGCAGCGCCGGAGGGCGGUCGUUGCCUGUUUCCGCAUGACCCCCCUGUACAACCUGCCCACGCACCGGGCCUGUAACAUGUUCCUGGAGAGCUACAAGGCCGCAUGGAUCCUGACUGAAGACCACAGUUUUGAAGACCGCAUGAUCGACGACCUUUCACCCCACCCCUCCCCCCAGAAAGCUGGGGAGCGGGAGGAGGAGGAGGAGGAGGUGGAGGAGAAGAAGCCAGACCCCCUGCAUCAGCUGGUCCUGCACUUCAGCCGCACCGCCCUGACUGAAAAGAGCAAACUGGACGAGGAUUACCUGUACAUGGCGUAUGCUGAUAUCAUGGCAAAGAGCUGCCACCUGGAGGAGGGAGGGGAGAAUGGUGAAGCUGAAGAGGAGGAAGUGGAGGUUUCCUUUGAGGAGAAAGAGAUGGAAAAGCAGAGGCUGCUGUACCAGCAGGCGCGGCUGCACAACCGGGGAGCAGCGGAGAUGGUGCUCCAGAUGAUCAGUGCCUGCAAAGGAGAGACGGGCGCCAUGGUGUCCUCCACCCUGAAGCUGGGCAUCUCCAUCCUAAAUGGAGGCAAUGCUGAUGUGCAGCAGAAAAUGCUGGAUUAUCUGAAGGACAAGAAGGAAGUGGGCUUCUUCCAGAGUAUCCAGGCGCUGAUGCAAACGUGCAGCGUCCUGGAUCUCAAUGCCUUCGAGAGACAGAACAAGGCAGAGGGGCUGGGCAUGGUGAACGAGGAUGGAACCGUCAUCAACCGCCAGAACGAAGAGAAGGUCAUGGCAGAUGAUGAAUUCACCCAAGACCUGUUCCGAUUCCUACAAUUGCUCUGUGAGGGACACAACAAUGAUUUCCAAAACUACCUACGGACACAAACAGGGAACACAACCACUAUUAACAUCAUCAUCUGCACGGUGGACUACCUCCUGCGGCUGCAGGAGUCCAUCAGCGACUUCUACUGGUACUACUCCGGCAAGGAUGUCAUUGAGGAGCAGGGCAAGAGGAACUUUUCCAAGGCCAUGUCGGUGGCCAAACAGGUGUUCAACAGCCUCACCGAGUACAUCCAGGGUCCUUGCACCGGGAACCAGCAGAGCCUGGCGCACAGCCGCCUCUGGGACGCCGUGGUGGGAUUCCUGCACGUGUUUGCCCACAUGAUGAUGAAGCUCGCUCAGCAGGAAGCGUCUGGAGGAAGGGAAGACUUGAUCUCUAGUAACCCAAAGGACUCCAGCCAGAUCGAGCUGCUGAAGGAGCUGCUGGAUCUACAGAAGGACAUGGUGGUGAUGUUGCUGUCGCUACUAGAAGGGAAUGUGGUGAACGGCAUGAUUGCCCGGCAGAUGGUGGACAUGCUCGUGGAAUCCUCAUCCAACGUGGAGAUGAUCCUCAAGUUCUUCGACAUGUUCCUGAAACUCAAGGACAUUGUGGGCUCAGAGGCCUUCCAGGACUAUGUCACCGAUCCCCGUGGCCUCAUCUCCAAGAAGGACUUCCAGAAGGCUAUGGACAGCCAGAAGCAGUUCACGGGCCCCGAAAUCCAGUUCCUGCUUUCCUGCUCCGAAGCGGACGAGAACGAGAUGAUCAACUGUGAGGAGUUCGCCAACCGCUUCCAGGAGCCAGCCCGCGACAUCGGCUUCAACGUGGCGGUGCUGCUGACCAACCUGUCGGAGCACGUGCCCCACGACCCGCGCCUGCGCAACUUCCUCGAGCUGGCGGAGAGCAUCCUCGAGUACUUCCGGCCCUACCUGGGCCGCAUCGAGAUCAUGGGCGCCUCGCGCCGCAUCGAGCGCAUCUACUUCGAGAUCUCGGAGACCAACCGCACCCAGUGGGAGAUGCCCCAGGUCAAGGAGUCCAAGCGCCAGUUCAUCUUCGACGUGGUGAACGAGGGCGGCGAGUCCGAGAAGAUGGAGCUCUUCGUGAGCUUCUGCGAGGACACCAUCUUCGAGAUGCAGAUCGCCGCGCGGAUCUCCGAGCCCGAGGGCGAGCCGCAGGCGGACGAGGACGACGGCGCGGCCGAGGCGGGCGCCGAGGGCGCGGAGGAGGGCGCGGCGGGGCCCGAGGGCGCGGCGGCGCCGGCGGCGGCGGGCGUGACGGCGCGCGCGCGGGCGGCGGCGGCCCGGGCGCUGCGCGGCCUCAGCUACCGCAGCCUGCGGCGGCGCGCGCGGCGGCUGCGGCGGCUCACGGCGCGCGAGGCGGCCGCGGCGGUGGCGGCGCUGCUCUGGGCCGCGGUGGCGCGCGCGGCGGGCGCGGGCGCGGGCGCGGCGGCGGGCGCGCUGCGCCUGCUCUGGGGCUCGCUCUUCGGCGGCGGCCUCGUGGAGGGCGCCAAGAAGGUGACGGUGACCGAGCUCCUGGCCGGCAUGCCCGACCCCACGGGCGACGAGGUGCACGGCGAGCAGCCGACCGGGCCCGGCGGCGACGCGGACGGCGAGGGCGCGGGCGAGGGCGCGGGCGGCGAGGCGGAGGGCGCGGGCGACGAGGAGGCGGCGGCGCACGACGCGGGCCCGGGAGGCGCCGACGGGGCCGUGGCCGUGGCCGACGGGGGCCCCUUCCGGCCCGAAGGGGCGGGCGGCCUCGGGGACAUGGGUGACACGACGCCCGCGGAGCCGCCCACGCCCGAGGGCUCCCCCAUCAUCAAGAGGAAGCUCGGGGUGGAUGGAGAGGAAGAGGAGCUGCCUCCAGAACCAGAACCCGAGCCAGAGCCUGAGCCUGAGCCCGAGAAAGCCGAUGCUGAGAAUGGGGAGAAGGAAGAAGUCCCCGAACCCCCACCAGAGCCCCCCAAGAAGAUGGCACCUCCUCCACCCCCUCCAAAGAAGGAGGAGGCUGGAGGCGGGGGCUUGGAAUUCUGGGGAGAACUGGAAGUGCAGAGGGUGAAGUUCUUGAACUACCUCUCCCGGAACUUCUAUACCCUGCGAUUCCUUGCCCUCUUCUUGGCCUUUGCCAUCAACUUCAUCUUGCUGUUUUAUAAGGUCUCAGACUCUCCACCAGGGGAGGACGACAUGGAGGGCUCGGCGGCUGGGGACCUGUCAGGUGCAGGGUCUGGUGGCGGCUCUGGCUGGGGCUCGGGGGCCGGCGAGGAAGCGGAGGGCGAUGAGGAUGAGAACAUGGUGUACUACUUCCUGGAGGAGAGUACGGGCUACAUGGAGCCGGCCUUGCGUUGCUUGAGCCUGCUCCAUACGCUGGUGGCCUUCCUCUGCAUCAUUGGCUACAACUGCCUCAAGGUGCCCCUGGUGAUCUUUAAACGGGAGAAGGAGCUGGCCCGAAAGCUGGAGUUUGACGGUCUCUACAUCACGGAGCAGCCUGAGGAUGAUGAUGUGAAGGGCCAGUGGGACCGGCUGGUGCUCAACACGCCGUCUUUCCCCAGCAACUACUGGGACAAGUUUGUCAAGCGGAAGGUCCUGGACAAGCACGGGGACAUCUAUGGGCGGGAGCGGAUCGCCGAGCUGCUGGGCAUGGAUCUGGCCACGCUGGAGAUCACAGCCCACAACGAGCGAAAGCCCGAACCACCACCGGGGCUACUCACCUGGCUCAUGUCCAUUGACGUCAAGUACCAGAUCUGGAAGUUCGGGGUCAUCUUCACAGACAAUUCUUUCCUAUACCUGGGCUGGUACAUGGUGAUGUCCCUCCUGGGACACUACAACAACUUCUUCUUCGCUGCCCACCUCCUGGACAUCGCCAUGGGGGUCAAGACGCUGCGCACUAUCCUCUCCUCUGUCACCCAUAAUGGGAAGCAGCUGGUGAUGACCGUGGGCCUCCUGGCGGUGGUGGUCUACCUGUACACCGUGGUGGCCUUCAACUUCUUCCGCAAGUUCUACAACAAGAGUGAGGAUGAGGACGAGCCUGACAUGAAGUGCGAUGACAUGAUGACGUGUUACCUGUUUCACAUGUACGUGGGUGUCCGAGCUGGUGGGGGCAUCGGGGAUGAGAUUGAGGACCCAGCAGGCGAUGAAUAUGAGCUGUACCGAGUGGUCUUCGACAUCACCUUCUUCUUCUUUGUCAUCGUCAUCCUGCUGGCCAUCAUCCAGGGUCUGAUCAUCGACGCUUUUGGCGAGCUCCGAGACCAACAAGAGCAAGUGAAGGAAGAUAUGGAGACCAAGUGCUUCAUCUGCGGCAUCGGCAGCGAUUACUUUGAUACGACGCCGCACGGGUUCGAGACCCAUACGCUAGAGGAGCACAACCUGGCCAAUUACAUGUUUUUCCUGAUGUAUCUGAUAAAUAAAGACGAGACAGAACACACGGGCCAGGAGUCUUAUGUCUGGAAGAUGUACCAGGAGAGAUGUUGGGAUUUCUUCCCAGCUGGUGAUUGUUUCCGCAAGCAGUACGAGGACCAGCUUAGCUGAGACACGCCCCAGCUGGCCCUUCACCCCCACCUCAAGUGCCUUAUUCUCACAAGUCCCUUAGCCCCAAAGCCCUUCCCCAAAGGCAGCUGGGGGACAGGUGACCAUGUACCGGAGAAAUAAAGUCUGUGCUAUUCCCCUGA